AUGGAAAGCAUUUUAGAAGCUUUCCAUGCUUACCCAGUUGUGGGACAUUAUGCAAGUGAUCGCACUAUACCAAAGGUUUUGCAAAGUGGUUAUUACUGGCUAAUGGUUUAUAAGGACACUUAUGAUUUUGUGAAGAAAUAUGAUCAAUGCCAAAGGCAAGGUUCAAUCACUAAACAACAUGAAAUGCCAAUGACAAAGAUGAUGGGGGUGGAAUUAUUUUAUAUCUGGGGCAUUGACUUCAUGGGGAUGUUUUUAAGCUCCUAUGGCUAUAAGUACAUCUUAGUCGCUAUGGACUAUGUGUCUAAGUGGGUUGAAACUGUUGCUUUAGCUGAUGAUGAAGGAAAAAGGGUGGUUGCAAUCUUAAAAAAGAGCAUUUUCUCAUACUUUGGGGUGCCCUGGACAAGCAUAAGUGAUGGAGGGUCAAACUUUUGCAAUAAGGUGUUUCAGGAUUCAUUGAUAAAGUAUGGUGUGAAGCAACAAAAAGUGGACACUUCAUAUCACCCACAAACUAGUGGAGGUUUCAAACUAAGAAAGCAAAGCAAUUUUGGCUAA